CAGGUUAAAGAGCCAAGAUGGCGGCGGCGGCCGGACCAGGGCGACCGAACCGGGUAUCUGUCCGCCGCUGAGCGUCCCUCACACCUCUCAAUACAUCUCCUCUCCGCCACCAACCCCCGUCCCCUUGUUCCUUGCGUCCACUCUCCGCGGGGUUAUUAUUAUGCCUUGUUCCCGAGGCCAGGUCCCGUGUGCAGAAUGCUGCGUCCCACCGAAUUUUUCCGCAGCAUCGAGUGCCCUUUCUACGGCGCCGGCGGUGGCUGCAACCGGCCCUACUGUCACUUCAGGCACCGCCACCAGAGGCCGAGGGAGAGGCAGCCGGCCGACGAACAGCCUCUAGCAGCCGACCGAGAACCAGGGUAUGAUCCUUACAAUCCAGAACUUCCUAAGGGUUCGUCCAGAAAUGGAGAGGAGAUCUCGGGUGACCUUACAGAAUCUAGUUCUCUAGAGUUGGAACUUGUCAACAAAGCAAUAGAGGCUGUUAAGAAUGAGGUUGAACAAGAACAGAAAAAACUGUCACAAUAUGAGGACCUUCUUAAUGCAGAAGAAGAGUCUGUCCUUUCAGCAUCAUCUACACAAAAGACAGUUAGCAAAAUCAAGAACUGCACAGAGAUUUUGCCUAAUGAUAAAUUGAUAGACUCUUUAGAAUAUAAUCCAAAUGAUUACCACCUAAAUAGUAACAUAGAAUACACCCCUACUCCACUUUCUGUUACUGCCUCUUCCAGUAAAUAUACGUUGGAUACAGAUGAUGAAGCUGAUGCAAGAGUUAAUUCUUUGAAAUAUGUCCCAACGCUUGUGACAAAGCCAGUCAAAAAUGCUGCCUGUGCAUCCAGUAAUAAAUAUGUGAUUGACAACACCAAGCCCUGCACUGAUCUGGAGUAUGAUCCUUUGCUGAACUAUUCAGCCCGGCUGAUUAAAAGAAAGAUAAAGGAACACGGGACUAAAAGGCCCAGAGGGAAUGCCUUGGAAGAGCCUUAUACACCUUCAGCAAAGAAACAUUGCCAUCACUUGAAAUCAAGCAGCUAUGACAUGGACGCAGAGUUCUCUGACUCUGGAGAUGAACUAAGUAAUAACCAUCAACAAUGUUAUGGUGAAAAUAAGUCAGAUCUAUUGUCUCUAAAAGCAAAACACCUAAAAGAACAGUCCGUAAAGGAGAAUUGCAAUCAGUAUGAUGUAGAUGUGAGCGGUCUUGAUAGCAAAAAAGAGGACAGAAGGAAACAGAAGUUAAAAUCCGGCAGUCAAUCAUCUAAAAUUUCACAUUACAGCAAGGAAGAACUUGAAAGAGGAUGCAAAGAGAAAAAGGACAAAGAUGGUGGCACAGAUGGUUCAAAAGUGAAGGCCAGAAAGUUUAAAGUUGAUGACAUUAAAAGUAAAUCACCCCACCUACAGAAAGUUGGUCGUAAGGAAAAAAUAAAAUGUGUAAAGGAAAGUGUAGAAACUAAGCGAGAAAAACAAGGGGAGAAGUUAAAAACCAGAAAGAAUGGUGAUAAUACAUUUGUUGAAAAGAAGCACAAAGAUUCUGGGAAAAAUGAGACCAAAGAAGAAAAGCAAAAAAUUAAAAUUGCUGAAAGUCUGAGUAGAAAAAUGGGUAAAACAAAGGUGAACAAAUUGGAUGGGGUAAAAAAUGAAAACAAAUCCAAGUUUAGAUCAGGCAGUUUUUCAGAUAGUUUAGGAAAAGUCAAAUGCCACGAUGACAAGCUCGUAACAAGACAGAAAUUUGACAAAAAUAACAAUGACGCAAAAUGUAAAACAUUGAUACAUAAAAAUGGGGCUCGUUUAGAUAGUAAAAUCAAAGGCAAAGAGGCAAUAUCUGUCACAGAUAAAGUAAAACACCAAGUCAAAAAAUUGAAGCCAGCAUUGACAAAGCGAACGCUCAGUCACACAGACUUAUUUGGUGAUGACAGCAGUAAUGAUGAAAGCACUGUUAAACCUGAGACUGCAGUGAAUUAUGAGUCUGAUUCAGACUCUGACAGAAAUCCACAAAUCAACUCCAGUUCCAGUGAAGAUGAAACCGAGGGAAAUAUUGAACAAGCAGCCUUUUCUUCUGAGGAUGAUAUCGAUUAUCUCAGUUUAGAAAAGGAUUUUGAAUUUGAAUCUGAUCCUAUGGAGGAAUGUCUAAGGAUUUUUAAUGAGUCUAAUGAAGUAAAGAAUGAAGAUAAGGGCAGAAUUUCGAAACAGAUAGUUGAGAAAAGUAAAGAAGAAAAUGAAUCGAGUCUAACUACACUUUUUCCAGGGCAGAAAAGAAGAAUUUCACAUGUUUCAAAGCAAGAAAACGUUGAACCUGCCAAACCAGUUAUCCGUCCUUUUCGUAGACUUACUGCCCAAGAGGUUUGUUAUCAGCGGAGUCUGAUGGCGCAACAGCAGGCGGCACAGCUUGCUGAAGUGGAAAAAUCAGUUAGUGCAUUUUUCAAUCGGGGGAAGAAGACGAGAAUUGCGCACAAGCCAAAGACAGAGAUUAUAUCAUCGGCUAAUGAAUCUCCAAUGAAGCAGAACCCAGAGCCAAUAAAGAGAACUAUAUGUCCUAAUGGUCCACAAAACAGCACCCCUGGCUUAAAACCUCAAACUACUAUUGGCAUGGCAUCAAAAACUGUAUCUACUAUAGCACAGAAGAGGAUAGCUCAUGCUCCUACUGUGAAGUCAAGCCUGAAGAGACCCACAAUUCCUACAGAAUAUGGCUCAAAAGUUCCAACAAACGUGAGACAACGAUAUCUGAAUGUCUUCAUCGAUGAAUGUUUGAAAACCUGUGGAUCUGAACAAAUGGCCUAUGACAAGGCUUUGAGUGAAGAAAAUAUAGUGUAUCAACGAAGUACCAGCAGAACAGUGUACCUGAAUGUGGCUGUAAACACCUUAAAGAAGUUGAGGAGUCAAAGCAAUGCCAAGCCAACACCUACAAAAAAGACAACUACUGUAUCUACAAACAAGAAGGUACAGUCACAUGAAGCAGUACUUGGGGGAAAAUUGGCCACGAAGACAAGUUUCACUCUGAAUAGAUCUAGAAAGCAGCAAGAUGUUAAUCUGAGAGGUGCUGUGUUAUACAACAGAUUAAGUGAGUACAUUUUAACUGAAGAACAAUUGCAGGAAAAUUGUUAUCCAAGGCCUCAUCCAGACAAACCAGGUGUUGCAGUGAUUUUUAACAAGACUGAGAAAAAGAAUAGUGUUGACUCUUCAAUAAGGAUCUGUUGUCGUUGUGGAGCUGAAUACGCUGUUUCCCUUAGUGGGAACUAUAUUCGGAAAGAGGAGUGUCACUAUCACUGGGGACGGAUGCGUCGUCAAAAAGUACCUGGUGGUUGGGAAACACAGUACACCUGCUGUGCAGGAGCAGUGGGAUCUUCAGGCUGCCAAACGGCAAAGCAACAUGUUCAGGAUGGUCGCAAAGAAAACUUAGCUGGCUUUAUGAAGACCUUCGAAAAAGCAAUGCCACCAGAUGAAAACCCGGGAGUCUUUGCUCUAGAUUGUGAAAUGUGCUACACGAAGCAAGGCUUGGAGCUGACCAGAUUGACUGUUAUAGACUCUGAUCUAAAGGUGGUGUAUGAUACAUUUGUCAAACCAGACAAUAAGGUCAUUGAUUAUAACACCAGAUUUUCUGGAGUAACGGAGGAGGAUAUGACAAACACAACGAUCACUAUCCGUGAUGUACAGGCAGUAUUGCUGAAUAUGUUCAGUGCUGCCACCAUAUUAAUCGGGCACAGCUUGGAAAGUGAUUUAUUCGCACUAAAGCUUAUACAUAGCACAGUGAUUGAUACAGCGAUUGUGUUUCCACAUCGGCUGGGAUUGCCAUAUAAAAGAGCACUGAAAAAUUUAAUGGCAGACUACCUCAAGCGCAUUAUCCAGGAUAAUGUUGAAGGUCAUGAUUCCAGUGAAGAUGCUUGUGCCUGUAUGGAACUAAUGAUCUGGCGAAUAAAAGAAGAUGCAAAACUAAGAAGAUGACAUCUCCUGUGUCCAUUUUUGUCAUGCAUGUAAAUAAAUGACAUUUCAACAAGAUUCAUAAUGGGUAUGAAGUGAUAGGGAUGUUACAAUUUGUAGGAUUUUUGAAAAACUAAAGGCAAAGUUUUGCUGUUUUUAAGAAAGAAAAAAAUGCAAUCUGAUUCAAAAUUGCCUUUUUGUUUACAGUAUUUAUUUGGUUUUGUACAUGCAGUAAUCUUUUCAGAAAAGUUGCCAUGCCUGUUGUAAAUGUUUAAUUAUCACAAUUCAACUUCGUAGUAUCAUGACAUUUCUGUAAAAUGGCAUUCCAAGAAAUGCAGUCAUUCUUGCGGCAGCUGUUGUAUAACUCGAAUGCGCCAAAAGCUAGUGAGUUGCAUUUUUUAAGUCAGAUUAAAGAAAUGGAAUUUUGACCCAAAGCAAAUAUGCUUUCUCCUACCUUUUUGUUUCCUGAGUUUAGUGAAUAAUCUGGUAUCCAGUGCCGAAUAAAAAUUAAUGGUAUGACUUGUAUGUAGUGCCUGCUCAAUAAUGUUUUCUAUCUGCUGCACAUGGCUCUUCAAAACUGUCUUAAAAGAAUGGAAUAGUGUGUUAUCUUUUAUAUCUAGUGUUGCGUUAUACUUGGGAUAUAGAAACUUAGUGAGUUGUUCUUCGGGCAUCUCUUCCUCACUCCUUUCCCAUUUUCUACCAAAAGGUAGAAUAGACUUACACAUUUUUUCUUUUAAUUUUGUUUUGGUUAAUCAUCAUCUCACCUCCGAUACCUUUUUAAUUGGCCAUGAGGGUCCAUUAUCAGAGAAGUAUAGACCAAGCAAGGCAAACGGUCUCCCUAGUUCAUUGGAUAAUUAACUGCCUAAUUUGAUACCAAGCUUCAAAUUGUACUGGCUGAUAUUCUUUGUUACUAGAUUGAUCUUUUGUGUGUAUUUUCUUGUACUUUAAUUUUUAUCAUGCCAACUGUUGCAAUGGAAGUGGAAAAAUUAUUUGUGAGUAUCUAAUGAAUACAUAAUUCUUAAACUUGAUGCAUUGUUUUCCUAACCCAUGUACAAUAGAAAUGCUCCCCAAUCCCAUCACAGUGCACUGUUAAAAGGAUGCACUAAAUUGUUAAAUAUAGAUGUUUAUACUGAAAAUAUCAGCUGUUUUUUUAAUAGCUCAACAUUGUUCAUCAAUGCUAAUGCCUUUAUUUUAAAAAUGAAUACUGCUUUUAUAUGCAGAGUAUUUAAUGGGUUGGAUUUCCUUAAGAAAACUCCAAGGUUGGCAGUAGACACUUGCUAAUAAUGAAUAUUCAAAUAGAGCAGUAGUUGCACUUUCAGUUUUUGUACAGUAGUGUUCCUGUCCUGACUACUUUUGUUUUUUCAGAAAGUUGUAUACAUAGUUUAGAUUCAGAUUUAUUUAUCAUAUGUACAGCAUGUUGAAGCACAUAGCGAAAUGCAGAAUAUCUCAUGUUUAUUCAGUGAAAUGCAUCGUUUGCGUUAACAACCAACACACCUGAGGAUGUUCUGGGGGCAGCCCACAAGUGUCACCACACAUUCCAGCGCCUACAUAGCAUACCCACAAUGCUCAGAAUUGUUUACGCUUAUACUUUAAUAUUUAAAGAUUGAAGCUAGGUGAAAGCAGUUUGUGAGUAUCACUGGAAUCCAAGUUUGUUCAUGGAACUGCUUUCAUUAUAUACAAGAUCUCUUGGUGUAAAGGAGUCUUUUACCUUCAAACAGUAAUUUGUGUUAGCUAUGGAUCUGCACAAUAAGGUGGAAAGGUAGUCUUGAUAUUAACUUGGAUAGCUGUAUCAUGGAGCAUAAUGGGCUGGUGUCUCAAAUGGAAUUUCACUAACAAUAAAAAGAAAAUUUCAUUACUUAAUAUUACUGUGGACUUAUUGAAAGUUAAUUGAAUGCUAAUCAGAGUGGGAUAGAUCCAUGCUGGAAGUAUUUAGUGACUAGUUCCUAGGCAAGGCCAAAUUGAUGAACUUCAGUGAGUGGAAAUGUGAAUAGUACAGCUGGUCUCUGAGGUAUUUAGAGAAAAGUCAGCUUGGCUACUCUAUCCAAUCAGUGUAUGUGUAAGGAAAAAUGGUAAAGAUCACUCUGGGUUACUAGAGAGCUCUAGCAUACUGCAAACAGUGCCUAAAGAAGCUAGUGACUUCAGGUAAAGAGAGUUAACUAAAGGACAAUAAAUAAAUCUAAGUUAUCUAGUUUUUUUUGAAGAUGGUACUUAAUUUUUAUUAAUCUUUGAAUAGUAACUAAAAGGUCUUUGAUUAGAAACAAGAAAUUGCAUUUACUGGAAUCUGGAGGUUUGUUAAUCUGUACUGAAUAUUUUGAUAAGUUAUUGUGUUAAACCAAAUUAUUUUCACAGAGCUCCUUAACUGCUUAGCAGACGAAGGUGCCAUUUGCUGAUCAGAAAUCUCUGUUCUUUCCUGGUUUGAGCAGAGUGACUCAUCUCAGGACAAUCAUUUGCGGCAUCAUGAUUAGCCUUGUUCUUUUCAUUAACCUAAAGACUUUAUCUUGCUGUGCAUGGUUCCUCUUCUGUAGGAGCUGCUGCUGUUUGUGGUAGGGUAUAGUGAGGGUACAUCUUCACUCAGGAGUUUGCAAUUCACUGCAGCAGGAGUAGAGGAAGACUGUUCAUGUUUAAUUUUAUUGAGUGUACAGCUUCAACUGCAAAUAUAUGUUCAUUGGCUAAGCUUCAUCUUUUAACACUUUUGAAAAGAUUAGAGGCCACAGAGAUGGAAUAACAGUAAUUUUUAAAUAUAUCCUCACAGCCCUGUUAGCAAUAAUUGUCCAGCUUUUUAACUGAACAACCCCAAGUUUUAAUAUAUUGAAUUAUUAGUUACUGUGAAGAUUGAGCUUACUAUACAAGGGAACUAAUUCUGAAUCUCUGCUUCUGCCAGUAUUCACCGCCUUGAUUUUUACACUAUUUAAUUGAAUAAGUCACUUCAUGAUGGCAGAAUAGUCCAUUAAAGGACAAAGCAAACAGUAACCUGCGGAGUUGCUUCCCUUGCUCACUGUUGGAGUGAGUGAGUGUUCAGACAAUCUUUCCUGUCCUGAAAGAAUGGGCUCUGACUUUAGUUGCAAACUUUGGGUCAAAAUGAAGAAAGAAGCACAUUCAGUAAACUGUAUUGUAACUGCUAACAAAAUUAGUAAGUUUGAGGAAAAGAAAGAUUUUCUCAAGGCUGUUUGGUUUAACUACCAUAAGACCAAUAGUAAAUUGACGAGUUUCACUAAACAUGUACAGAAGAUCAAAAUAUUUGCAACCAUGAUCUAUUGAGUAAUUUUUAAAAUCUAAAUAAUUACCAAAGCAAUUUACUACUUAAUAUCUUAAUAUGAUUAAUAUGCUACAUAUUAUUUGUUGUUUGACUUUAAUAGAUGUAAAGAGCUAUGGUUCUUCAUGAGAGUAAUUCUGUGAAGGUUGAGCAUUGGUCUGUGAACCAGAAUGAUGUUGAACCUUAAAUGUUCCUUAACAAUGCAAAUAGUAAAUUUUGUAAAGAUUUGGUAUUAAAAGGAUGUAAUUCCUCAAUUUUUGUGGCUGUUCCCUCAGCAAAAAAUAAUUAUGCUAAUAAUUUUUAAAUGUUGAUAAAUUUAAAUAUAUUACUGAAAUUUUAAGCCAACCUUGCACAUUGGAUAAAAAACUAAACUUGUGUAUAAACAUUACUAAGAGCUGUGAGUAUACAAAGCAUAUACUGUAGUAAUUUACAUUCUUUGUUUUGCAAUAAACUUUUUUUUAAAAGUG